AGCAGGGAGAUUAGCACUCACUCUGACUCUGGACAGCUUGGUGCGUGUCCUCAGCUUUUCUGACCGUUUGCUCGAAUAUUCCCGGAAACGUUGAAAUUAAGUCAUGGAGGGGCUUACCAAUUCAUUUGGGGGAAACUGUUCAAUUCAAACAGAGUCAAAAGGCAUCUGACGAGCAGGAGGAGAGGAAUGGUCGGGGUUUUAUUCAACUUUGGAGGCUUUUUUACACGUGCGGAUGAAGUAAUGACAGGUUCAUUGAAGCUGAACAAGGGACCUGCUAUUGUGAUAUUUACAGAACUCGUGAUUUUCUGGACACAUCUCAAGCAACCUUAUAACAGAUAACCCAGAAAAAACACAUUAUAGACAGGAACAGAAGACUUUUUAUAUUUAUAUAUUUGACAGUCAUCCAAAAACGGAGAUUAGGAAUCACAGAGUCAGAUGGCAGAGGAAUAUGAACAGUCUGGUGCGUCAGAACUCAUUAAAGACCGGCUGUACUUUACCACUCUGCGUGUCAAACCAAAGAAUACAGCCAACACACACUACUUCAGCGUGGAUGAGGAAUUAAUAUAUGAGAGUUUCUAUGCAGACUUUGGGCCCCUCAACCUGGCCAUGCUGUACAGAUACUGCUGCAAAGUCAAUAAGAAGCUGAAGUCCUUCACACUGUCUAGAAAGAGACUGGUCCACUACACCAGUCAUGACCAGAAAAAGAGAGCAAAUGGUGCUCUGCUCAUCGGUGCCUACGCUGUAAUCUAUUUGAAAAGGAGCCCAGAAGAAGCCUACAGGACUCUGAUCUCAGGAAACAACACAAGCUACCUGCCGUUCAGGGAUGCAGCAGCGGGAGAGUGCUCCUUCAACCUCACCGUCCUUGACUGCUUACAAGGAAUACGCAAGGCAUUACAGCAUGGUUUCUUUGACUUUGAAAACUUCGACGUGGAGGAAUAUGAACAUUAUGAGCGAGUAGAAAAUGGGGAUAUGAACUGGAUCAUCCCAGGGAAGAUUCUGGCAUUCAGCAGUCCUCACGCUCACAGUAAAAUAGAAAACGGUUAUCCUCUCCACGCACCAGAGGCGUAUUUUCCAUACUUUUGCCAAAAUGGCAUCACAGCCGUGGUCCGUUUAAACAGGAAGUUGUAUGACGGCAGGCAGUUUGAGGACGCAGGUUUUGAGCACCAUGACCUCUUCUUCCUGGAUGGGACCACGCCCUCUGACCUCAUCAUCAGGCGCUUCCUGCACGUGUGCGAAAGUACUGAAGGAGCUGUGGCUGUGCACUGCAAAGCUGGCCUGGGCCGUACAGGAACUCUGAUUGGCUGCUACCUGAUGAAGCACUACCGGUUCACUGCAGCGGAGGCCAUUGCGUGGAACAGAAUUUGCCGGCCUGGAUCCAUCAUUGGUCCCCAGCAGAACUUCUUAGAGGAGAAACAGCACAGUUUGUGGGUCCAGGGUGACGUCCAUCGCUCCAAACAGAAGCUCCUCCAGCAGAGGCUGAGUCGCCGGCAGCAGCUCCAGCAGCUGCGUCAGCAGCAGCAGCAGCAGCAGCUUCACAGCGCCGACUCCGAGGGGGGGAAACAGGAAGCCAUGUCCCACCUACUCUCCAGCAUGGACGACCUGUCAAUCAACACCACCCUUUAUAAAUCAUACAGCUUGGAUGAGAAUUACAGUGGUGAAGGCAGUCUGUCUCAGGGAGACAAACUGAAAGCACUGAAGGGAAAACGACCACCUAGAUCGGCCUCCUCCUCUUCGAGGUUAAACCUGUCCAAGGCCUCUCAUUGCUCCAUUCUCCCACCCCCAAAGUCCCCCAGAGUCCCCCUCUCCUUGCCCUCUUCUUCCUCCUCUUCUAAGAAGCUGGUGCGAAGCUCGUCUACCUUCGCCACGCAGAUCAAAAGUCCCUUCUGCCUGAAUCUGUUCCACACCAGGCACGCUGCCACUCACUGACUCCAGUUCAUCGAGUCGACUGAUGAUGAUGAAGUCAUAAACCGGACUACCAACAUGCUGUGGUUGUCUAGGCCUUAAACAUUUGAUCAACCCUUGACUAAUGUUUUGAUUAUUUGGAACUGCACGGAUUCACAUAAUCAAGAGUUUUGUAGAGUCAACUUAAAGUUAAAGUGGAACUAUUAUGCUUUUCCGUAUUUCCUGUCAAUAUCUAUAAUGUCAUAAUGUUGGAUUUUCAUAAACGUGGCCAAAACUUCAAAUAAUGAGGUAAACGUAUUUCAGAGAAAUCCCCGUGAGCUAAAACGUUCCGAUUUCCAACUGUUCUAAACGCUCCGGUUUCAACAGUUUUUUCUACUCUCGGCUCGGUGUCAUCUGCUGCUGUUAACAUUGUAGCACGUAGCUGCAUGCUAUUGGCAGUAAAAGAUGUAAUCUUGGCUGCCAGUGUUAAAUUCUCUCCAAUUCCGGGUCACAUUACUCCUGAGGGGGUGGGCGAUCACGGAAGGCUUGUAUCAUGUGGAUACUGUCAUUACUUAGAAUUCCUCAUGGGGGCGACAGAAACUACGCACUACAGCUUUAAUUUGUGAAAUGUUUUUGACAAAAUAAUUAGCAAAUGUUUGUCUUGAAACAAGCAAGGAACGCUGAGUAUGAGCCGUUAUAUGCAUCUACUGUAGGUCAGUACAAAUCACAUGGAUCAAACAAAACAAGGCACAGAAACAUUGGAUUUUUUUAGUUGCCAACAAUACUUUCGGCAGCCUAAAAGGUCAUUCGUGCAAGUCAUUUAUAAAGGGAAAAUGCGUGUAUUGAAAAUACAGUAUUUGUUUUGUUUUAUUUAUUUUUAAUGCUAAUGUGCUACGCAAAUGCUGUUCAGUAUUCCAAACUGAAAGCCGUUACAAUUACGAAAUAUAUUAAUCUGGUCAUGGAUUAUGUUUGACCAUCGCUGCUGAUGUUUUAGGAGUGUUUUGUCGAAUCAUUGGUUGAUUCAAAAGAAAGAAAAAUAGUCACUUGAAGUAUUCAAUUGAAUUAGAUGGCUAGUCUUGAGUGAUGCUGCAGAGAUUGUUAUUUUUUUUUUAAAUGAAGAAUAAAGGUUGCCGAUGAUGAAAAAAAUGAUUAAUGUGACCCUUGGUUAUGCAUGCACAAUGGGUGAAAGUGGGAAAUUCAUGAUUACAUCAAGUAUUGUUUAAGAUUUAGUGAUUAAAGGCUUGAUUUUUAAAGAAGUUGGACAGUGGUAGUACCUCAUUCAUUUUUGAAUUUUGUUAUCAAAAAGUAAGAUGUUAACAGAAGUUAGGGAAUGAAACCCUCCAUGCGGCCAGUGUUGUCCUGGUAACUGGUGACACCUACCAUAGAAGUAUACAGUAGCUGCUGAAUAUGCAGAAAAUUAUGUGAAAUGUAAUUUAGUAUGGGACACUGUCUUAUGAAAACAUAUUUCAAGUGUCAAUCAUGUCGUUGGACUCUUUGAUAUAAAUUGAGUGACCAUUACAUCUCUGAAUAUAAAGCUGAACUAAUCAAUAUUACUAACGUAACCAAUACAUUAAAUUAGCAUUUUAGCAUAGGCCCACUUCAGCAGUUUGUAACGUGUGUGUGACGGAUGUGUAAGUUAGCAACUGUUUACUAGAACGUUUGCCCUAACAACUUUUUAAGGUCAAUGUUAAAAACAAUUAAUGGUGCUUUAAUGCCUCAAUUUGACUUUUUCUUUUACUUUGGAAAAGUAAAACCCCUUUAAAGUUUAAGUAUAACCCAAACUAAACAGAUCAAAUGUAUACAAUGUAACAAAAAACGCAAAUCCUAAUCAUAAGAGUUCUUGAUUGGAAUCAAAAGUGCCCAUUUGAGACUGUAUUGUAUUUCUGCAAAGUUCUUGUACGGCUGCUUGUGUACAAAAAUGUGUGAAAUUAGGCUACUUUUGUAAAAUGAAAAAAGGGUUUUGUGGAAAAACAUUUUUUAUGUCCUUCAAAGUAAGACAUUGUAGCCUUAAUCAGUACCCUAACUCAGUACUUGUACUAAAACACUAAUGUUUGACAGUCAUCUAUAAAUAAACCAGUUCCAUGGUUCCCCUUUAAAAACAUAAA